AUGGUGGUUCCUUCCCACACGUCAUAUGCUGAUGACAUUAUGCUUUUCACUAAAGGAAACAGAUCUUCUUUGGAUGCUAUUGCUAAUCUCUUUCAACAAUGUGCUGAUUUCUCAGGUCAGGUUUGUAAUACAUCCAAGUCAAUUUUAUAUGCUGGUUCAAUGUCAGUUGCUAGGCAUGGUAUGUUGGCAAAGAGGAUUAGUUCCACUAUGGGUCAGAUUCCUUUUAUUUAUCUUGGAGUUCCAAUCUUCAAAGGGAGACCAAAAAAAGCUUACCUUCAACCAAUUGCGGAUAUAAUCAAAGGUAAACUUACUGCAUGGAAAGCUUCACUCUUGUCUAUAGCUGGGAGAAUUCAAUUAGUAAGGUCAGUAAUUCAAGGAAGAUAA